CUGUUAAUAGGUACGGAGCGAAGUCUACACCGUACCAUUGAAAAUUGUGUAAUGAAAGCACAGGGGGAAAGGUCGAUCUUUCCUGGCAGACAGAAAUGAAGGGAUUCUCCGGCAGAGUUCAUCGGCAAAGAGAUUUCUGAGUUGAUGUAGCGAUUUUCAGUCUAUACCAGAAUGGGGGACAAUUUGAACCACUGGCUACUGUUCUUACUGACACUGAUUCCAGAAUGGGAGGCAGUUGACAUCCGAGAUUGUUCUGAACCAAAAGUCUCCGUCAUUCCUGUUAACACAACAGCCCUGCAAGUCUCUUGGAGAAAUGUCAGUAAAGGUUUCAAGAUUACUUUCACUUUAGAGAAAGUCACAGGAAGAACAAAUGAGAACAGCAGCAGUGUGAUAUUCGGUGGCCUUCAGCAAGGGAUUGGGGUUGAGUACAACAACUGCUCUUCCAACACUACUCAACCAGUGACAACAAAUCCAUCACCGGUCACCAGUCUGUCUCUGGUGAUUACAACAACCAAGGUACUGGUAGUAAGCUGGACAGUGCCCAAUGACACAAGAGUGUCAGAAUACACGUACAACAUUACAGUCACAAGUGACACUGGAGCUUUCGCUGAGACCCACUUCACAGAGAGAGGACAAAAUAUGUUCCAUGUGACAGACCUGAAACCUGGGGUCCAAUAUAACCUGAUGGUGAAGUCUGUCACUCCUGAGAACACACUGAAUACUUCUGAGAUUGUAGAAGGCACCACAAAUCAAUCUCCGGUCACUAGUCUGUCUGUGGUAAGCAGAACAACAGAAUCAUUGGAAAUAAACUGGACAGUGCCCAAUGAUACAACAGUCUCAAAAUACAACAUUACAGUCAGGAAUGAUACCGGAAAUUUAAUUCAGACCAACUCCACAGAGAAAGGAAAGAACACGUUCAAUGUGACAGGCCUGAAACCAGGGGUCCAAUAUAACCUGACGGUGCAGUCAGUCACUCCUGAGAACACACUGAGUGCUCCUGAGAGUGUGAAAGGCACCACAAAUCCAUCUCCGGUCACUAGUCUGUCUGUGCUGGACAGAACAACAGAUUCAUUGACAAUAAACUGGACAGUUCCCAAUGAUACAAGAGUCUCAGAAUACACGUACAACAUUACAGUCAGUAGUGAUACUUUAAAUUUCACGCAGACCCACACCACUGAGAAAGGAAAGAACACGUUCAAUGUGACAGGCCUGAAACCUGGGGUCCAAUAUAACCUGACGGUGCAGUCAGUCACUCCUGAGAACACACUGAGUACUCCUGAGAUUGUGAAAGGCACCACAAAUCCAUCUCCGGUCACUAGUCUGUUUGUGCUGGACAGAACAACAGAUUCAUUGACAAUAAACUGGACAGUUCCCAAUGAUAUAAGAUUCUCAGAAUACACGUACAACAUUACAGUCAGUAGUGAUACUGCAAAUUUCACUCAGACCCACUCCACAGAGAAAGGAAAGAACACGUUCAAUGUGACAGGCCUGAAACCUGGGGUCCAAUAUAACCUGACGGUGCAGUCAGUCACUCCUGAGAACACACUGAGUACUCCUGAGAUUGUGAAAGGCACCACAAAUCCAUCUCCAGUCACUAGUCUGUCUGUGCUGGACAGAACAACAGAUUCAUUGACAAUAAACUGGACAUUUCCCAAUGAUACAAGAGUCUCAGAAUACACGUACAACAUUACAGUCAGUAGUGAUACUUUAAAUUUCGCGCAGACCCACACCGCUGAGAAAGAAAAGAACACGUUCAAUGUGACAGGCCUGAUACCUGGGGUCCAAUAUAACCUGACGGUGCAGUCAGUCACUCCUGAGAACACACUGAGUACUCCUGAGAUUGUGAAAGGCACCACAAAUCCAUCUCCAGUCACUAGUCUGUCUGUGCUGGACAGAACAACAGAUUCAUUGACAAUAAACUGGACAUUUCCCAAUGAUACAAGAGUCUCAGAAUACACGUACAACAUUACAGUCAGUAGUGAUACUUUAAAUUUCGCGCAGACCCACACCGCUGAGAAAGGAAAGAACACGUUCAAUGUGACAGGCCUGAAACCUGGGGUCCAAUAUAACCUGACGGUGCAGUCAGUCACUCCUGAGAACACACUGAGUACUCCUGAGUUUGUGAAAGGCACCACAAAUCCAUCUCCAGUCACUAGUCUGUCUGUGCUGGACAGAACAACAGAUUCAUUGACAAUAAACUGGACAGUUCCCAAUGAUACAAGAGUCUCAGAAUACACGUACAACAUUACAGUCAGUAGUGAUACUUUAAAUUUCACGCAGACCCACACCACUGAGAAAGGAAAGAACACGUUCAAUGUAACAGGCCUGAAACCUGGGGUCCAAUAUAACCUGACGGUGCAGUCAGUCACUCCUGAGAACACACUGAGUACUCCUGAGAUUGUGAAAGGCACCACAAAUCCAUCUCCAGUUACUAGUCUGUCUGUGCUGGACAGAACAACAGAUUCAUUGACAAUAAACUGGACAGUUCCCAAUGAUAUAAGAUUCUCAGAAUACACAUACAACAUUACAGUCAGUAGUGAUACCGCAAAUUUCACUCAGACCCACUCCACAGAGAAAGGAAAGAACACGUUCAAUGUGACAGGCCUGAAACCUGGGGUCCAAUAUAACCUGACGGUGCAGUCAGUCACUCCUGAGAACACACUAAGUACUCCUGAGAUUGUGAAAGGCACCACAAAUCCAUCUCCAGUCACUAGUCUGUCUGUGCUGGACAGAACAACAGAUUCAUUGACAAUAAACUGGACAUUUCCCAAUGAUAUAAGAUUCUCAGAAUACACGUACAACAUUACAGUCAGUAGUGAUACUGCAAAUUUCAUGCAGACCAACUCCACAGAGAAAGGAAAGAACACGUUCAAAGUGACAGGCCUGAAACCUGGGUUCCAAUAUAACCUGAUGGUGCAGUCAGUCACUCCUGAGACCACACUGAGUACUCCUGAGAUUGUGAAAGGCACCACAAAUCCAUCUCCGGUCACUAGUCUGUCUGUGCUGAACAGAACAACAGAUUUAUUGACAAUAAACUGGACAGUUCCCGAUGAUACAAGAGUCUCAGAAUACACAUACAACAUUACAGUCAGUAGUGAUACUGCAAAUUUCACUCAGACCCUCUUCUCAAAGAAAGGAGAGAACACUUUCAAUGUGACAGGCCUGGAACCUGGGUUCCAAUAUAACCUGACGGUGAAGUCAGUCACUCCUGAGAACACACUGAGUACUCCUGAGAUUGUGAAAGGCUCCACAAUUCCUGCGAGCGUCCCCGAAAUUUACUGUGAUUGGUCCACGGGCUACAUGAUUAAUGUGCAAUGGACCAAACCAAUGGGCCACUUCACCGGAUUUAACAUCUCUUUGUACGAUGGAGACCAGCUGCUGAGAGCCCAGACCAUCGGUAGGAACAAGAAUUCCCUGACAAUUAGAAACUUGCAGCCUGCGCGUAUAUACACAGUCCACAUCUACACACAAGCUGGCCGGGCUUACAGCGAGAUGGUGCAUCGGCAAUGUCAGACUGAAAAAACACCCAUUAUCAUUGGAGCGGUCAUAGGCUCUCUGCUGUGUCUGAUCCUUAUUGGUUUGUUGUUGCUUUUCAUCAUCAACGGAAGACUGCCAUGGAGGAAACAAGAUUCAGACUUUUCACCAAUGACCAUAAUUCCUAGAGAAAUCAAGCCUGUUCCGGUUAGUGAAUAUGAGGAUUACUUUCAGAGAAAGCACGCUGACACAGAUUUUGGCUUUGCCGAAGAAUACCAGAGUCUGAGUAUGGUGGGGGUAGAACAGUCGGUGGAAGCUGCCCUGCUUGUGGACAACAAAAGAAAGAAUCGAUACACUAAUGUCCUACCAUAUGAUGCAUCCAGAGUUAAACUCAUUCCUCAGCUAGAGAGCAGCACAUCCGAUUACAUCAAUGCAAAUUACAUGCCUAGUUACAGGUCCAACAAGGAGUUCAUCGCUGCCCAGGGGCCCCUGCCAAACACAGUGGCCGAUUUCUGGCGAAUGAUUUGGGAGCAGAAAUCGAAGGUCAUUGUGAUGCUGACAAACUGUGUGGAAGUAACUCGGGUCAAAUGCGAACACUAUUGGCCGCUGGAUUACACGCCCUGUACCUAUGGAGACAUCACAGUGACAGUCACCUCAGAGACCAUCCAAAGCGAGUGGACCCUCAGAAAUUUCAGUAUCAAAAAGGAUGGGUCCUCGGAGAUACGCUCAAUCUCACACUUUCAAUUCACUGCCUGGCCAGAUCAUGGCGUACCCGACACCACAGAGAAACUGAUAGCAUUCCACAAACUAAUUCAGCAUCACCUGAACAUGAAUCAGCAAGGCCCAACUGUCAUACACUGCAGUGCUGGAGUAGGACGGACAGGUACUUUAAUAGCCUUGGAUUACCUACUGCAACAGAUAGAAGAGGAAGAAGUAAUCGAUGUUUAUGGGAUUGUCCGUAAAAUGAGACUGAACCGGCCGCUGAUGGUCCAGACUGAGCCUCAAUAUGUCUUCCUGCAUCAGUGCAUGUUGGAUACAAUCCAAUCGAAACAGCCCCAAGAGGCCAUCUACCAGAAUCAACAGGAUCUCCAGAAACAGCAGGAUCUUAUCUAUGAGAACAUUAGUGCCAUCAAUGCUGCUGACAGACAUUGCCGUUAGCUAGUUCCUGCACCAUUCCUUGCUGUGUUGCAAUAGUCCUGAGAUGGAAUAUGUCUCUAACUAUAUGUGUGCCUUUAUUCUGCACCCCACACACUCGGUCUGUCAAAGGCUGCAUCCCAAAAUGAAUCCAGUGUCAGCAUCAUCUCCUGUGGAAGCUCCUGUGAUCACUGAGGCUUCAUCAGUCCCUGUCACUAUUUAUGUCUUUAUGUCAAAAUGUCUCCAUCUCACCGUAAGUGAAUUCUGCCUGUGUCUGACAGUCUCCCUGUGCGUCCGACAGUCUCCCUGUGCGUCCGACAGUCUCUCUAUGCGUCUGACAGUCUCCCUGUGCGUCCGACAGUCUCCCUGUGCGUCCGACAGUCUCUCCUGUGCGUCUGACAGUCUCCCUGUGCGUCCGACAGUCUCUCUGUGCAUCCGACAGUCUCCCUGUGCGUCCGACAGUCUCUCCUGUGCGUCCGACAGUCUCUCCUGUGCGUCUGACAGUCUCUCUGUGCGUCCGACAGUCUCCCUGUGCGUCUGACAGUCUCUCUGUGCGUCCGACAGUCUCUCUGUGCGUCCGACAGUCUCCCUGUGCAUCUGACAGUCUCUCUGUGUGUCCGACAGUCUCUCCUGUGCAUCCGACAGUCUCCCUGUGCGUCCGACAGUCUCUCCUGUGCAUCUGACAGUCUCCCUGUGCGUCCGACAGUCUCUCUGUGCGUCUGACAGUCUCCCUGUGCGUCUGACAGUCUCUCUGUGUGUCCGACAGUCUCUCCUGUGCAUCUGACAGUCUCCCUGUGCGUCCGACAGUCUCUCUGUGCGUCCGACAGUCUCUCUGUGCAUCCGACAGUCUCUCCUGUGCGUCCGACAGUCUCUCUGUGCAUCCGACAGUCUGUGCGUCCGACAGUCUCCCUGUGCGUCCGACAGUCUCUCCUGUGUGUCCGACAGUCUCCCUGUGCGUCUGACAGUCUCUCCUGUGCGUCCGACAGUCUCCCUGUGCGUCCGACAGUCUCUCUGUGUGUCCGACAGUCUCUCCUGUGCGUCCAACAGUCUCCCUGUGCGUCCGACAGUCUCUCCUGUGCAUCCGACAGUCUCUCUGUGCAUCCGACAGUCUCCCUGUGCGUCCAACAGUCUCCCUGUGCGUCCGACAGCCUCCCUGUGCGCCCCGCUCUGACUCCGCGUGUCCCACUGCCUCUCGGUGCUCCCGCUGUGCCCGCUGACCCACAUUUCUGUUCCAAACCUUCCAAAAGGUUUCCUUUUGUGAAGAGUUUCUGUCGGAGCGACUCCGGCUCCAGCCUCCCACCGAGGAACAGCCUCCUGAGUUUCACAUCGCUUCACUGGGAUGACAGAAUCUUUGUGAACGGCCCGGAGCUUCACUCCAGAGGCUCCAGGCAAAGAUUCAACCCCCCCCACCCCCAAAACCAUCCUUCUUCAUCCUCAGUGAGGAAGCUAGACCCCCUGGUUUGAGAGAGAGCGUUAAAAGGGGAAGGAUCAGUGUUGGACUGAGUGGAGUGUACGAAGGUGUGAUGGAUUGAAGGGAGGGGGAUUAGAAGUUAAAUAACCAAAGGGCAUUACCCUGAGAACCCCCUCAAGGCGAGGAUGACCUUAAUAUUAGGAAAGUAAAAUAAAUAACGCAGCGGAGGCUUUAGUAGCACUUGGCGGGGGAGGGGUUGAAAUUUGUCUUGGUGAAGCAAACGGAUGUUAGGGAUGUUAUACCUCCCCCAACCCCCAUACAGGUUGGGCAAGAGAUAAUG